AUGAGUAUGAGUACUACGACCGAAUCUCGCACCGAACCGCCCGCGCCCAACCAACCCAGUCCGGCACCCAGCGCAGCGGGUUCGACAGGAACGUCAGGAAUCACGAAGGAUUUCAAUCUGGUACAGACCUGCCAUUCUCGUAAGGUUCGCUGUGAUGCUGCCAGUCUAGGCGUCCCUUGCACCAACUGCGUCGCCUUCUCCAUUGAAUGCAAGAUCCCCAGCCCGAAACGCAAGAAAACCUCCACCAAAGGCAAGGACGAUAGUCAGUAUGCCGACAGUCCACCACCCCACCCUGCCUCCUCGCUGGUCGACGCGGCGGUUGGUCACUUUCGCCCCGACAGCACCGAGGAGCCCGUCGACCGUGACCCCUCGGACAGACGAGCGCGGACAUCGGACUUGGAUGAGAAGGAGGAUGCUUCCUUUGGAUACCGCAAAAACCAGAUGGCGGUCGAGGGUAUGCCCGUCACCUCCCUGACCGACUCGGAGGUGGCCCAGCAGGCCUCAGCCGAUAACGCCUAUGCCCAAUUUAUGAAGCCCAAGUUCGCUCGGGCCCCGAUCAAGGAGGCUGGCCGGGUGGCCUACCUGGGCGAAUCAUCGAAUCUGUCCCUCCUGGUGCAAGACCGGCAUGGCACCACCGAUGUGCGAGGAGCAUUCCUGCUACCCCCGAAGCCGCUGUGUGAUGAGCUGGUUGAUGCCUACUUCAAAUGGGUCGCCCCGGUCGUCCCCAUCAUCAACCGCAGCCGCUUCAUGCGCCACUAUCGGGAUCCCAAGAACCCGCCGUCCCUUCUCUUGCUGCAGGCCAUUCUCCUGGCCGGCUCCCGGGUGUGCACCAACCCACAGCUCAUGGAUGCCAAUGGAUCGACGACGCCGGCGGCGAUGACUUUCUAUAAGCGAGCCAAGGCUCUUUACGAUGCCAACUACGAAGAUGAUCGAGUCACCAUCGUUCAGGCCUUGGUCCUCCUAGGCUGGUACUGGGAAGGACCCGAAGAUGUAACCAAGAACGUAUUUUACUGGACCAGAGUCGCCAUGGUGGUCGCCCAGGGUUCCGGCAUGCACCGGAGUGUGGAAACCUCGCAGCUUAGCAAACCGGACAAGCGACUGUGGAAGCGGAUCUGGUGGACGCUGUUUACCCGGGAUCGCUCUGUCGCUGUGGCACUGGGGCGCCCGAUUGGAAUCAAUACCGAUGAUUCGGACGUUGGAAUGGUGACUGAGGACGACUUCAUCGAGGAUGAGCUCGACGUUCAGGCUGAAUACCCGCCUGAUCCAGUGCAUGUGCAGUUCUUCCUGCAAUAUGUGAAGCUCUGUGAGAUCAUGGGUCUGGUGCUGUCCCAACAAUACUCUGUGGCAUCGAAAUCCCGUCGCAUGAACGCGAUGGACCUCACUCACUCAGACAUGGCUUUGGCCGACUGGCUGCAGAACUGCCCCAAGGAGGUUUGCUGGCAGCGAUCGCGCCACCACUUCUGGGCCGCUCUUCUCCAUUCCAAUUACUAUACCACCCUCUGUCUGUUGCACCGAGCCCACAUGCCGCCUGCUUCCUCGGCGCCCAAUAGCUACCGGGUGGAAGAGAUGGCGUAUCCGUCACGGACAAUUGCCUUCCAAGCCGCCGGCAUGAUGACGUCCAUCAUCGAGAACCUUCAGGCUCACAAUGAGAUUCGCUAUACUCCGGCGUUCAUCGUCUACAGCUUGUUCUCCGCCCUGAUCAUGCACGUGUAUCAGAUGCGAUCCUCGGUCCCCUCCAUUGUAGCGACCUGCCAAGAACGCAUCAACGUGUGCAUGUUGGCCCUGAAGGAUGUCUCGAAAGUGUGGCUCGUGGCCAAGAUGGUCAACACUUUGUUCGAGUCUAUUCUGGGCAACAAGGUCCUCGAAGAGCGACUUCAGAAGGCUGCUGGAAGGCGACACCAGCGCCGAGCGCAUGAGAUGUCGUACGAGCGGUCACGCCCACAGACGCCGGCUGUCACGCCGUCCCGUGAAUUUCCCCAGCCUCCCUUGAGACAACCGUCACCAAACACCCAUCGCGGCCCUCAGGACCCCAUCUCGGGACCUGCCAACUCGCGGGGGAACACUCGGCCGAAUACUCGGGCGAGCACUCCCUUCAACGCGCAGUUUUCCUUGCCUGCCACGCCCCCCGACUUCUUCUUGGUGACCCGCGCAUCCCCCAACCUCUCCCCCUCGUUGUGGGAGAAUUUCCAACCGGACCAGCUGUUCCCCGAUGGCACAGCCAUCUUCCCCGAAUUGACAUCUCCGCCUCCGCCCGCGGCGGUCGACCCGCAGCUGCCGAUUCCGUCGCAACUCCAUGCUGCUCACCUGGGUCAGCGGCCCAUGAUGGGCAACCAGCCACAGCCGGUCCCCCCAGUCCCCGGACGCAGCAUGUCCGUCCCUCAGGGCAGCCCACAGAUGAUGUCGGGUUUCCCUGGAGGCAUGGGAAUGCCGGGACCAGGAGGGGCUCAGCCCAUGUUCGGCAUGGAGGGGCAGCCGUGGCCGAUGCAGGGACUCGAUGGGCCCAUGAGCGGUGCGGCGAUGGACGCUGCCAGCCAGGACGACAACUGGAGCAGCAGCUCGCGCAGUGGGCCGACUGCGCCAACGACCUUGAACGUGGAAGACUGGUUCCAAUUUUUCGGCAUCAACGGGGGCUUUGGCGAUCUAGCGGCAUAA